GGAUUUGUCUGAUUAGACAAUAGAUAAGCAGAGGAUUAUGCAGCUGCUGCAGAGAGAGCGCUUAGUUCCUCUACUCAUGAAAAUGAACCCAUAGCAGGCAGCCAUGGAAUCUCUGUCUCCCUCCGCAACAUUCAUCGUAUCCACAAAAUUCUCAUUGAAACCUCGCAAAACCCAGUCCCAAACCACCACUACGAACCUCAGAUUCCCCAUCUCACCAACCCAUAAGAACCCAUUUACUUUUUCUUCUGUUUCUCACAGUUCUUGUAGUUGUUUCUCAGUUAAAACAUGUGCAGCUUCAACAUCAACAACAGCGACACCUUCCACUUCUCUUCCUUUAUCUUCCACUUCCAGUGACAAACGCCACUGGGUUGUGCUCAUGGAGGCUCCUCCACAAGGGGUCAAUUCAAAACAAGAAGUUAUUGAAUACUAUGUUAAAACCCUUCAAAGUGUUUUGGGCAAUGAGAAGGAUGCUCAAAUGUGUAUAUACGAUGCUUCUUGGGAUACCCAUUUUGGCUUUUGCUGUGAUAUUGAGGAAGAAACUUCCCACAAGCUCGCAUGUUUACCGGGGGUUUUAUCGGUUAAGCCUGACCCGGAUUAUAGUUCUGCAAAAAAGGAUUAUAGCCCACCAAAUGUUCAAUCAGGUUUUAUGUCUUACCCUCAAAGUGGAAGUACUUUCUUAUUUCCUCUUUCCAACACCAAAAGGUGGCUCGUUCGAAUGGAUAAACCCAGCAUUGGGGUUGUUACAAAGGCACAAAUGGUUGAUUAUUAUGCUCAGAUUCUAACAAAGGUCUUGGGGAAUGAGAAGGAUGCACAAAUGUGUAUUUAUCAUGUUUCCUGGCAAUCUAACUUUGGGUUCUGUUGUGAACUUGAUGAAGAGUGUGCACGCGAAGUGGCUGGUGUUCCUGGUGUUUUAUCUGUCGAGCCUGACAAGAAUUGGGAGUCGGAGAACAAAGAUUAUGGAGGUAAUAAUUUGCAGAGUUCUAUGGAUCUGUCGACAUCUGGAGAGGCAAGUGAAACAACCCCGACAAAAACAAAGAAACUUUUUGUUACUGGCCUAUCAUUUUAUACAUCUGAGAAAACCCUCCGAGCAGCAUUUGAAGGCUUUGGUGAGCUUGUUGAAGUUAAAAUAAUAAUGGACAAAAUUUCUAAAAGGUCCAAAGGUUAUGCAUUCAUAGAAUACACCACGGAGGAAGCUGCUAGUGCAGCACUCAGAGAGAUGAACGGCAAGAUAAUUAAUGGCUGGAUGAUAGUUGUUGAUGUUGCCAAGACUAGCCCUCCAAGAUACAGCAGGGGUCAGAGAAGAUCAGCAACCAGAUGAAAUAGAGAGAUUUGUCACUAAGAAUUGAAUUGUUUUGUGCCCAGCAUCCUAAAUAUUGACAUUGAGUUCAUAUAAGGAACUUUGUCAGUGCCACAAUAUUUUUGCAUCUUCAAAGAAUUGACCUACAUAUUUUCUGCUGCAGUGUUAAGAGCCCAUGGGUAGAACUUGCUCCCAAGAAUGGCUAGUAAGGAA